AUGGGACUCGAAAAAUUUAACCCUUUCAAAAAGGAUAGUCCGACCUUCCCCAACGUUGUCAUCCCACUCGCCGACGCACCUGCCCACUCCCUCUCGGAAAAGGCAGACAAGGAGUCCAACCAGAGCUUGGACAGCGCGUCUUCCUCAGAGAAUGGUGUCGCUGGCUCCAAGGAUUCAACUCAUCUGACCCUCGAAGCCCUUCGUGCAGAAAUCGAGUCUGAUGUUUCCACAGCUACCCAUGACUCUGCCUAUGACCGCAAGGCAAAGGUGAUCAACAGAGCCCUGCAGGAUAUCGGCAUGGGCCGGUAUCAAUGGGAACUGUUCUUCCUUUGUGGUUUUGGUUGGACAGCAGACAACCUUUGGCUUCAGGGAGUUGCCCUGACGCUGACCCCUAUCUCUUACGAAUUUGGACUCUCCGAUACGUGGGUGCGUUUCACCACUUGCUCUCUAUUCUUGGGUCUCUGCAUUGGUGCCUCAUUCUGGGGUAUUGCCUCUGAUAUUGUUGGUCGUCGUCUUGCUUUCAACGCCACUCUAUUCCUGGCUGGUACCUUUGGUCUGGCUGCCGGUGGUGGUCCCACUUGGAUUGGAACAUGUGCCCUGUUCGCUUGUUUGGGUCUUGGUGUGGGUGGUAACCUGCCUGUUGAUGGUGCUCUUUUCCUGGAGUUCCUCCCCUUUGUCUCCGGCAACAUGUUGACCAUGUUGAGUGUCUGGUGGCCCGUUGGCCAGUUAAUCGGCAGUCUGCUUGCGUGGGCUUUCAUCCCCAACUUCAGCUGCACUGGCCGUGAAGGUUGCACCAAGGAGAACAACAUGGGCUGGCGCUACCUGGUCCUUAGUCUGGGUGCCAUCACUUUUGUUAUGUUUAUCCUGCGUUUCUUCUUCUUCCACUUGUACGAGUCGCCCAAGUUCCUGCUCUCCCGUGGCCGCCAGGAAGAAGCUGUCGCCUCUAUUCAUGGCAUUGCCCACAAGAACGGCACCAAGACCUGGUUGACCAGCGACAUUCUUAACGAAAUUGGUGGUCACGUCGAGGUGCACGAAAAAGAGACGGGGCUCUCUUACUCUCAAAUCGUGGGCCGCUUCUUCUCCAAAUUCUCAAUGGAGCGCAUUGCGCCCCUGUUCGCCAACAAGCGCAUGGGCUGGAAUACUGCUCUGCUCUGGUUCUGCUGGGCCACCAUCGGCAUGGGUUAUCCCCUCUUCAACGCUUUCUUGCCGCAGUACCUCUCCCAAUCCGGCGGCGUGACCAACUCGAACUACACCACCUACCGCAAUUACGCCAUCACCUCCAUCGUUGGUCUCCCUGGCUCUUUUUUGGCUUGCUGGACAGUUGAGCUCAAGUACAUUGGUCGCAAGGGCACCAUGGCAAUCUCCACCCUGAUCACCGGUGUGUUACUGUUCUGCUUCACCGCAUCCACGAACCCCGACAUCCAGCUCCUGUGCAGUUGUCUCGAGGCCUUCUUCCAGAACAUCAUGUACGGUGUCCUGUUCGCCUAUACCCCUGAGACCUUCCCCGCCCCGAACCGCGGUACUGGCACUGGUAUCUCCAGCUGCUUGAACCGUAUUACUGGUCUCUGUGCUCCGCUUGUCGCUAUCUAUGCCGGUAGCGCGGACCCCAACGCGCCCAUCUAUGCGUCCGGCGCGUUGAUUCUGGCUUCCUUUGGGGCUAUGUGCCUCCUACCCAUCGAGACUCGGGGUAAGCAGACUCUUUAA